GAAAAUGGAAGAGUUUGUGCAGAGCUCUGGCGAAAAUGGAAUUGUGGUGUUUUCUUUGGGGUCAAUGGUCAGUAACAUGUCAGAAGACAGAGCCGAGGUGAUUGCAUCAGCCUUUGCUCAAAUUCCACAAAAGGUGCUAUGGAGAUAUGAUGGCAAAAAACCAGAUAACUUAGGACCCAACACCCGGUUGUAUAAAUGGCUUCCCCAGAAUGACCUUCUUGGCCAUCCAAAAACCAAAGCCUUUAUAACUCAUGGUGGAAGCAAUGGUGUUUAUGAGGCCAUCUAUCAUGGGAUCCCUAUGGUGGGCACUCCUUUGUUUGGUGAUCAAGCUGAUAACAUCGCUCGAAUGAAAUCCAAGGGAACAGCUGUCAGGUUGGACUUGGAAACAAUGUCAACAAGAGAUUUGCUAGACGCAUUGAAGGAAGUCAUUAAUAAUCCUUC